AUGACGGUGCCGCUGUACGUACAGGCGAAUGUAGACGGCGCUGUGCUCCUACAAUCGAUCCGCGCGUCGGAGUAUGUGCGCGAGGUGGCGUCGGGAGAGGAUGCGCCUCAGGAUAGCGCGCUUUGGACGCUGGUUGACCAUGCACCGGCGCACGGCCAGCCCGUGGUGGGAAGCCAAGCCGCUGUAGAGCAUGCGGCGCGGCUCGAUAGCCCUCCUUGGUCUAAGCGAGUGCUAGUGCUGGCCGAUGAGCAGGAUAGCGUGCUCUUAGUGGCGCUGGAGAAAGAGAAGAUUGUGGACACGCUGCGUGUCGUGCCGCGCUCUGUGCUGGAAGUGGUGCGUUUUGGCAUGUCUGACCGAGGUGGCGAAUGUGGAUGCAGGGACGAGGAGAUUGGCGCAGGUAGGUAA